UCAGAUGGAGCGGACUUAGCGGAAGUGGAAGAAGCGGGCCUACUCAUACCAUACGAUCCGAUUCGAACCCAACCGUUCCCAACCGGCGGUGGAGAACGCAGACGCGAACGCUGCGAAAUUGUUACCGCUGCGCAUGCGCAGACUGGCCGUACUUGUUGUUGCGCUGGCUCGGCUUAAUUACCAACGCCCCCCGCUAAAAAGUCCCCCCAGUUUAGUUGUUUGUCUGCAUUUUUCAUCGGUCGCCAGGCAGUGUGUGUGAGUGAGUGUUAGAGGCCAUCUCUCUGGGAAAACAUUCUUCCCGAGCGGAGCUUUCUUUUUGUGUAUAACAAAAGAGAACUAGGCAAAAAACAAACGUAAACAAGGCAUCGCGAACUUGUGCAAUCCAGCGACAAAAACAAAAGACCCGCGAAGUGGUUCCCAAGCCACAAACAACAAACAAAAAAACAACACGACUUAAGUGCAAUUUACAAGCAGCGCCCAAAACCUAAAGAAAAUCGAAAUGGAAGCGUGGAAACAGCUGCCAAACGGGGGGCGUUUUCUGCUGGUGCUCUUGAUCUGCACCUCCCACUUGGCCCACCAAAUCUUGGCCUGGCGCCCCUGCCCGGAGCUCAGUCCCGCCCUCCGUCUGCCAUGCAGAUGCAAUGUGGUUCCGUUUGCGGCGACUGGUCAACUGGGAGCCGUGGCCAUGGACUGCGAUCGCGUUGUCUUCCACGGCGACGCACCGCAACUGCCUUAUGGAGCGCCCAUCGUGGCGUAUACGCAACGUCACAGCGGCCAACAGGUGCUGCCCGCCCAGACAUUUGGGCAACUGAAGCUGACCAUUGAAGAGCUGGAUCUGUCAUAUAAUUUGAUCCGAAGGAUUCCGGAAAAGGCAUUUGAUGGUCUGAAGGAUUCGCUGAACGAGUUGCGAUUGGCAAAUAAUUUGUUGGGCGACAAUCUUAAUCCCAUAUUUUCCACCGCCGAAUUGCACGUGCUGAAAAACCUUCGCAUUUUGGAUUUGUCCGGAAACAAGAUAAAGCAAAUCGAAGAGGGUCUGCUCAAGGGCUGUGUGGAUCUAAAAGAGUUCUACAUCGAUCGCAACAGCUUGACGGCAGUACCUACUAACUCUCUAAAUGGACCAAGUGCCCUGAGACACUUGUCGCUGCGCCAAAACCAGAUUGGAUCUCUACUUCCGGAUUCAUUUAAUGCGCAGCGUCAGUUGGAGAUCAUCGAUCUCCGGCACAAUGUUAUUCGGAGUAUCGACAGCCUGGCUUUCAAGGGACUGCAAAAGAUCCGGGAAAUCAAGCUUUCCGCUAAUCGCAUCAGUCAUCUGAACAGCGAUGUGUUUGAGAAUUUGCACUCUCUGCAAAAGCUGGAUCUUUCUGAGAACUUCUUCAAUCAGUUUCCCACAGUGGCCCUAGCGGCGGUUCCCGGAGUUAAGCACCUGAAUCUAUCCUCGAAUAUGCUACAGCAAUUGGACUACACACACAUGCAGGUGGUGAGGACUUUAGAAAGCCUGGACAUCAGCCGCAACACCAUAACCAGCAUUACACCAGGAACCUUUCGUGAGAUGAGUGCUCUUAAAUACCUGGACCUCAGCUUAAACUCUUUGAGAACGAUCGAAGACGAUGCCUUGGAAGGAUUGGACAGCCUGCAGACUCUCAUAAUCAAGGACAACAAUAUUCUUUUGGUGCCUGGUAGCGCCUUGGGUCGCUUGCCCCAAUUGUCAUCCCUUCAGCUGGACUUUAAUCGAGUGGCGGCCCUUUCUGCUGAGAUCCUUGGAUCCCUCCAGGCUGGCGAUAUAACUACCCUGUCGUUAUCCAGGAAUGUCAUUCGGGAACUACCACCAGGCAGUUUCCAAAUGUUUAGCAGUCUGCACACCUUAGAUCUCUCCGGAAACUCUUUGGCUCUGAUUAACGCGGAUACUUUUGCGGGAUUGGAGAGCACAUUGAUGGCCUUGAAGCUAUCGCAGAACAGGCUUACUGGCUUGGGAGGAGCGCCAUGGGUUCUGCCGGAGUUAAGGAGUCUAGAUUUGAAUGGCAAUAGCCUCACUGAAUUGCCAAGUAACAUAUUUGAGGAGCUGGAGAAUCUGCAGUCCCUCAAUCUCAGUGGAAAUCACCUGACACCUCUGACUGGAGCUCUCUUCAAACCUUUGGAUCGCCUGCAGGUCAUCGAUUUAAGUCGCUGUAACAUUCGCCAGAUAAGUGGUGACCUCCUUGCCGGCUUGCAGGACCUCAAGCAGAUUUACCUCAAUGAUAACCAAUUGCAAGAGCUCCAGGAUGGCAGCUUUGUCAAUCUAUGGAACAUUAGCUACAUUGAUCUUUCUAACAAUCACAUUGGAUCCAUUCGUUCCGGGGCCUUUGUGAAUGUGAUGAAGUUGCAGAAGUUGAAUCUUCGUGGGAAUCAGUUGUCUGCUUUCAAGGGAGAAUAUUUUAACACCGGAACGGGAAUAGAGGAAUUGGAUAUUUCAGAUAACCAGCUGAGCUACCUGUUUCCCUCCUCAUUCCGCAUUCAUCCCAGAUUAAGGGAGAUUCGAGCGGCCAACAAUAAGUUUUCCUUCUUCCCGGCGGAGCUUAUUUCCUCCCUGCAAUAUCUGGAGCACAUAGAUCUGUCCCAUAAUCAACUGAAAACCAUUGAGGAACUGGACUUUGCUCGCUUGCCAAGACUUCGCGUCCUGCUCGUUUCCAACAACCAACUGGACAUGGUCAGCGAGAUGGCCUUCCACAAUUCCACGCAACUGCAGAUCUUGGAUCUAGCCCAUAAUAAUCUAGAUCGUAUUGGAGAGCGGACUUUCGAGGGCUUGGUGCGUUUGGAGCAGCUUAACCUUGAGGGCAACCGGUUAUCAGAGCUUUCAGAUGGAGUCUUUGAGCGCUCUAAGCUCCAGAUGUUGGAGAAUAUCAACCUGGCCCACAAUCGUUUUGAAUAUGCUCCUUUGAAUGCCCUCCAAAGACAAUUCUUCUUUGUUUCUUCAGUGGAUUUAAGUUUUAACAAGAUCAAGGAAUUACCCGGAGAUGAUAGCAUUAUGGUGAACAUCAAAAGGAUUGAUCUGUCCUUUAAUCCCUUAAGUCCCAAGGCAGUGCACAAUGUCCUUAACGAACCCAAGACCGUGAGGGAACUCAGUUUGGCAGGCACGGGUAUUGAGCAACUGGAACUUCUAGAGACACCCUUCCUCCAGUUCCUUAAUCUCUCCCAUAAUAAGCUCAGAAAUGUAAAACCGGAGGUCUUCCAAAGGGUCACCCUCCUAGAAACGUUGGACCUCUCCGGCAAUGAGUUGGAAUCCUUAGACGAUCUUUCCGGGGCCUGGCCCCAACUGCAGGUGCUCCAAUCACUGGAUGUGUCCAAUAACAGCUUUGAAAUCGUCUCCCAGUCCAACUUUGGCAAGCUGGAGAUGCUGAGAUCCUUGCGUUUGAGCCACCUGCCCCAUUGCUCCAGGAUAGAGAAGAAUGCCUUCAAGCAACUGCCCAAUCUGGUCAGCCUGGAAGCGUAUGAUCUUCCCCUACUCGGCUACCUAGAUCUGCAGGGCAUCUUGGAACUUCUCCCUGGCUUGGAAAUGCUGGAUAUCGAAGUAAAAGACUCCAGCAUUGGCAGCGAACAGAUACAACCGUUGAAGCAUCCCCGUCUCAGGAGCUUGGGAAUCAGAGGAGAACGAUUGAAGUCCAUUUCCUCUGGUACUUUAGCUGGUCUGAAGAGUAACGACCUGAGUGUGCAGCUAAGGAACACCUCCCUGAGUGCUCUCCCACCAGCUUUGCUGUUCCCGGUGCCGAGGUCCUCCCAUCUCAACCUAGAUGUCGAGGGAUCCAAGAUCACAGUGCUGGUGCCACAGUUCCUGAACGCUUUGGAAGAUCGCAGAGCUAGUCUGCAGCUGCAAGGAUUGGCCAGCAAUCCUAUAGUUUGCGAUUGCAAUGCCCGAGCUCUGCGACGUUGGCUGCCCAGUUCUGGAAUGCCGGAUGUGACCUGUGCAUCGCCGCCUUAUCUGGUCAACCGGAAGCUUAUCGAAGUGGGCGAUGAUGAACUCACGUGUGAUGCCCGACGGAUGACUUCCUCCACCUCCAGACCAACUGCACCAGUGCCGCAUCUGCUCAAGACCUCCAGCCAGCUGGUGACCAGAAGUAGCUCCACCACCGAGGAACCCCUGAUCAUCUGGAGCCUGGAACCCACACAGCCGCCAAGUUUAAAGAAGAUCAAGACCAAGGCACCACUGAUGAAGGCCCAAUCCCCGAUCAUAAGUAAUGACGAUACCCUCAUCAUAGGAAUCGUGGGAGGAGUAGUGGCAUUUAUAGCCAUACUCAUCAUUAUUAUAUGCAUCAUUAGGCUGCGCAUGAGCAAUGUGGAGUACCAGCAGAAUGCAGCGAUGAUAGGAAUCCCAGCGGGCAUGCAAAUGGGUGCCCACAAUGCGGCGUAUAACUACAAGAAUGGAGCGGGAGCGGCGCUAUACGCGGUGCCUCCUUACCAGGCCAGCUAUGCCACACUGCCGCACAAGGCGGCCUCCAUCCAUCAGUCCAGUCAGAAUCUCUCCCAGCGCCAGCAGCAGCAACAACAGCAGCAGCAACAGGCUGCAGCGGCGGCAGCGGCCUACUCGACCAUGUCCCGCAUGUCGUACUUCAGCGGAGCGGGCGGAGGAGUCGGCGGAAAUGGCGAUGGAGCCGAUAGCCUGACGCAUCAGCAUCCGCACCAGCAUCAGCCCUAUAUCAUUUACUCGGAUGACAAGGCCUACAGAUAA